CGUGCGCGGUGGCAACGAUACGGUCGCAUAUUCGGAUGCGUUUUGUUUAAAUAGUUUUAAAGCCCAUUUUCAGUGGUUUUCUCGGAAGCAAUCAUUAUUUAAAUAAGUUCAUUAUGAAGUUUGCUUACAAGUUCAACAACCUGCUGGGGUCGGUGUACAGAAAAGGCAAUCUUCUUUUCACCCCGGAUGGAAACUCCGUCAUCAGUCCGGUGGGGAACCGUAUCACGAUCUUCGAUUUGAAAAACAAUAAAUCCACAACCCUUUCGCUGGAGAGCGAAUACAACUACACGGCACUAGAUUUGUCCCCGAAUGGGUGUAUUCUGGUGGCCGUUAACGAAUCCGGGGAAGCUCAGAUGAUCAGUAUGAUCUCGCACACCGUCAUCCAUCGGUACAAAUUCAAGGGUGAGGUCCGGUGGCUUCGGUUCAGUCCAGAUGGGAAAUUUUUUGGUGCCUGUGUCAACAAUGCGGUGCUGAUUUUCCGAGCUCCCGGGGAACUCAGUGGCACUUACAAUGGGUUCGUUAUUCAGCGAGCGUUCGAGAUUGCCUACGAUGAGACAACGUUCAUCGAUUGGGCAUGUAAUUCGAAGAUUUUGGCGGUGGGGUCCAAGGAUAAUUCGGUCCGCGUUCAGGGUGUGGAGUUCCUGAACAACUUUAGGCCAUUUAUUCUCGGGGGGCAUCGGGAUACUAUUGUGGGGUGCUUUUUUGAGGAGAAAAAUCUGGAUUGCAAUACGAUCAGCAGAGAUGGACAGCUGAUGCUGUGGGAGUGCAGCACCGAUGUUGAUGACAUUUCUACCGGGUAUAAAAAGUCGGGGAAGGAAGUUGAUCCGCAGGCUAAGAAGAGGCGAGAAAAUGACGAUGAAGAGCAGGAAGACGAUGUUGAGCUGGAUAAGGAUUUUGAAAAGUCGGGUCGCCCGCAGGACGAAGUGAUUGAGCAUGUUCAAGGUAACUUCAACAAAGAUGAAGCCCGCGACAGCCAGGGUGCCUUGGUGGUUAAGAAACCGAAAAAAGAUUUCUUCUACAAACGUCUAGCUCGACACUAUCUGGCUGAUGAAGCGCGCAAAGAAAAUCCAAGGGCCGUGGUAACAUCUGCAGCCUAUCAUAAACAGCUACGAAUUCUUAUAACGGCCUUUUCGACCGGAGUUUUCUAUCUACAUGAACUGCCAGAUGUCAGUAUGAUCCAUUCGUUGAGCAUUUCCGAAUCACGGAUUGAUUCAGUGGUUUUUAACAACACCGGCGAUUGGAUUUCGCUAGGUGUAUCGGAUCUAGGUCAACUGUUGGUCUGGGAGUGGCAGAGUGAGCAGUAUAUUAUGAAGCAACAAGGCCACUCGACUGGGCUAAACUGCGUAACUUAUUCGCCGGAUGGACAACUGUUGGCAACCGGUGGCCUCGACGGAAAAGUCAAACUCUGGAAUAUCUCCAACGGUUUUUGUUUUGUCACGUUCAGUGAACAUUCAAGUUCUGUGAUGGCGAUCGAGUUUAGCGGCAACAAAAAGUUCUUUGCGAGUGCUUCUCUCGAUGGGACUGUGCGAGCUUAUGACAUUGUUCGGUACCGGAAUUUUAGGACGUUCACUUCGCCGGAACCUGUGCAGUUCUCGUCGGUGGCAGUGGAUCAAUCCGGUGAAUUGGUUGCAGCUGGAGGGCAGGAUGUUUUCGAAAUUUACCUAUGGUCCAUGAAGCUCGGUAACUUGUUGGAAAUUCUGAGCGGACACGAAGGACCCGUUGUAACGUUGGCAUUUUCACCGGUCGCUUCCUCAUCGGCCAUGGUAUCCGGAUCCUGGGACAAAACCAUUCGAAUUUGGGACUGUUUGGAGACUUCUGGAGCUCAUGAAGCGAUAGAUGCCUGUUCAGAUGUAGUUUGUGUGGCUUUCAAACCGAAUGGCGAAGAAGUCGCCGUUUCUACUCUGAACGGUCAAAUAACGGUGUUCCAUGUAAAAACAACCCAACAACUUUCGAAUAUCGAGGGAAGGAAAGAUAUGGGCGGUAGCGUGUCGGAAGUUGAAAUGAGUACUGCAGAAAAAAGUUUACAGGGAAAGUGUUUCACCUCAAUUUGCUACUCAGCCGACGGAGAAUGCAUUUUGGCAGGAGGUCGUUCCAAAUACGUUUGCAUCUACAAUGUAAGGGAAGCAAUGCUGUUGAAAAAGUUCCAAAUUACUCAGAAUCGUAGCCUUGAUGGUAUGGAUGAGUACAUCAAUCGAAAAAAUCUUACCGAAUUCGGUAAUAUGGCUCUGGUGGAAGAUCGUGAACAACUGGAAGGUGGUCGCGUUGCCAUCAAACUUCCGGGUGUUAAGAAAGGCGAUUUGGCUGCUCGUAAUCAAAAGCCAGAAGUAAGUGUCUUUGCCGUAAGGUUUUCUCCAAGUGGUCAAUCUUGGGCAGCUGCGUCCACCGAAGGUCUGCUAAUGUACUCGCUAAACAAAGGUAUCGUGUUUGAUCCUUAUCAACUGUCUGUGGAAAUUACCCCUAAAGCUACUAGAGAACUUCUGAAAAAGCAGGAUUACUCCGGUGCUUUGAUCAUGGCGUUAAAGCUAAACGAAACCAAUUUGAUCCAUGAAGUCAUCGAGAAGGUUCCCUAUGUUGAUGUUGAGCUCCUAGUUCAAUCGCUGCCGGACGAAUUCGCCCACCGGACCCUCAAGUUUGUGGCUAAAAUUCUCGCUUCCAGCCCGCACGUGGAGUUCUACCUGAAGUGGUCCAAUCUACUUCUUACUCGGUUAGGUCAACUGGACAACGUGUUGACGCAGCAAACGCUAGUGGUGCUGCACCAGAAUCUGAACAGGAAGUACGAGAUGUUGAACCGAAUAUGCGAUUUCAACAAAUACACGAUUCAGCUACUCAAAGGCAUGAGCAUUCGGAGGGAGCAGGAAGAAUCGGAUCGGAAAGCCGCCGAAAAGGCCGGCGACAGUGAGGAAGUGAGUGAUAGUGAACUUAUGUUGAUGGGAGCAUAUAGUGGACAAAAUAGAGCGGACAAGGAAUCGACGGACGAAAGCAGUGAUCAAGAUGGUUCCGAAGAAUAAAUUAUGAGUACUAGAUUUUUCUCAGUGGAUGAUCCGAAACAAA